UAAACAUAAAGAAAAACAAUUGUUCAAACUAAUGAAUUUUUCUUAUCACAGCCAAUACAACUGUGAUUUUUUUCUUCUUUUCUGACAGGUGAGCAGUUACACCCAGUCACAGUUUUACAGUUAAAUCUUUAGUUACACAUCCAUCAUCAUCAGGUUGAGCCUUGAUAAUGAUGUUUGUAAAUGACCGAUCCAUUUACUUACAUAUACUAAAGUGCAAAUGUUGAGAACUAGAAUUGUCACUGUUUAUGCAUAAGCUAGCCAGUUUCAUUCUGAAAUAUCUGGGGUGGGAAAUAUACAACACGGUAACUUAAGCAAUGCGAGAUUUGAGUAUCAACUAGGAAAAGGGAUUAGUUUUAAAUCUGAAUGAGGAAAUAGGGAGUUUUAGGUUCUUCAUGACAUGAGAACAGCUUCAAUGUUCCAUGUCAUAGAUUAUACAAAUCUCUAGUACCAGUAUUGAACAAAAUAACAUGAAUCUGUGCCUAGAAAAAUCAAAAAUUACUUGUUUUGAAUUUAGUUGCAAUCCCAGUCGAAGUGUUCUCUUUGCGUAGCAACAAAGUGCUCUCCGCGCACCUGUAACACUCUUACCACUUCCUGGAAGUUAUUGUUCUGUCAAGCACCAUCUGAAUCUCUUAAACUGUGCCAAAACAGUGAUCCUUCAACUGAAAUUUCAUUUUGGGAAAGAGGAAGAGAGUCACAGAAAGCCAAAUCAGUAUGCCAUCACCAAAACAUCCGAUGGCACACUCGAUCCCCACCCACGCCCUGACCCGGCUGGCCCGAGAGUGGCUGGCGGAGGACACGCCAAACUUCGACCCGGCAGGAGUGUGUGGGUCGCAGGAAGUGGAAGCGAGGCUGCUGUGUAAAACUCCACACAGCAUCCUGGCAGGAAGCCCCUUCUUCACCGCUGUGUUCACCGAGGUCGGCUGCACCGUCGACUGGAUUCACCAGGAGGGAGCUGAUAUUGGUCCAGAUGCUGUCACCCUGACUGCUGUGGUGAGAGGCCCAGCAAGGUGCCUCCUCCUGGGGGAAAGGCCGGCUCUGAACUGCCUGGCCCGGGCCUCAGGGAUCGCCACACGCUGCUCUCAGCUCCGGGCGACGGCAAAGGCAGCGGGCUGGCAGGGAGAGGUGGCCGGUACUCGUAAAACCACGCCGGGAUUUCGUCUUGUGGAGAAGUACGCCAUGCUGGUGGGCGGCGCUUCCAUGCACAGACAGGACCUGAGUGGGAUGGUGAUGCUGAAGGACAACCACGUCUGGGCGUCUGGCAGCAUCACUGAGGCUGUGAAAGUUGCUCGGUCUGUCUGUGGUUUCAGCAGUAAGAUUGAGGUGGAGUGUCGGUCUGCAGACGAGGCCAGAGAGGCAGCAGCAGCCGGAGCUCACAUCAUCAUGUUGGACAACUUUCAACCUGAGGAGCUCCAUGUUGCAGCUCAAACACUGAAGCAGGAGUUUCCAGCUCUUCUGAUAGAAGCCAGCGGAGGCGUCAGUCCAGAGAGCUUGUCCACGUAUUUGUCUCCUCAUGUGGACGUCGUCUCUCUGGGCUGCAUCACUCAGGGCUGCCCGGUGGUGGAUUUCUCUCUCAAGGUUCAGAAGCCUGCUGCUCCAUGAUUAAACAAAAAGUGUUGUGAGAAAGUAUUCUGACCAAGAGAAAAGAGUUGUUAUUGUGUUCAUUGAUUCCGGAGAAACAACUGUGGUUGCAUGUAUCUGCACUUGACUUAUACACGUCAGUAAUCAUCAACAGUAAUUUCAUUGUUUCUUUCAUAUUUGUAGACAACUCACGUUUUAUGAAAAUAUACAUUGAGAGGAUAUGGACAGGUACAGAAAUGUGAAACAUGAAAUACUACUGGGGUCCUCUUUGUGCUCUGUAAACACAGCCUGCAGUUAAUUACAGCUGAGUCACUAAUGGCUUCACAGCUGCACCAAGAAUAGGGAGCAGUCUUUAAUAAUGUGGGUCAAAUGUACGUUUACAAAGAGUGACAGAAGUCACAAGCUAAAACUGACCGAGUGAGAUUUCACAGACGUGCAGAAAAGCAGGAAAAAUUAAGGAAAAUUACACUAAUAAUUUUGAUAACGACAUGAUUAAAAUAUAUUUAAAAUGCAGUUUUAAUGGCUUGUCGCUGCUCUUUAUGGGCCUAAUAUUUCAUUUUAUUUAGAUUUUUUGAAACUGACAUUACAACUUGAUAUUCUCUUUUGCCUAUUUUUUGCACAUAUCUUAUUUUUUCCCAUUUUUAACUACUUUACUCACUUCAUGCUGUUUUUAGACCUGCUAUAUGAAUUUUGUUUUAAGGUUGAUUUACCACUAGUUGGAAAUCGUGUCAGUCUGCACAGAAAACAAUUCUUUUACUUCAUAAAAUUUAGUUCUAUUUUUAAUGUGAUAUUUGUAUCCUGCGAUUUUGCAUUCAUCUUUGUUUGCCACAUAUGAGACAGUAGAGGUGACUUGGGGUUCUCACAAAUUUCUGACAAGUUCCUCAUUUUCACACGACACUUUUUACACGGCAGUUCCUGUUACUUCGCAUAAAUGUUUCCCACAAUGUGUAUGAUAGAUUACGAGAUAAUUUUAAGACAUUACAUCAAUAAGAAAAAAUAUAUCAUAAAACAGAAAUAUGAGUCAAUAAAGAUGAGAGAAGCUUCAUAAAA